AUGGCUGCGCUCUUCCGACGCGGCGCUGCCCUGGCGCUGCCCGCUGUGCGUGGCGUGGCCACGGCAGGGAAGCCGAUUGUGUGCAAGGCUGCGGUGGCCCGCGGUGUGAACGAUCUGCGUGUCGAGAACGUCACCGUGGCACCGCCGGGGCCGAGGGAAGUGCGCCUGAAGGUGCACUCCAACGCGCUGUGCCACACGGACAUCUACACGCUUUCGGGCCAGGACCCCGAAGGACUCUUCCCCAGCAUCCUCGGCCACGAGGCCGGCACCGAGGUGGAGAGCGUGGGCGAGGGUGUGGUAGGCCUGAAGCCUGGGGACAAGGUGAUACCAUGCUACACUCCACAGUGUGGAGAGCCAGAUUGCAUUUUCUGCUUUCCGCCUCGAGGCAAGCGCACCAACCUUUGCCCAAAGAUCCGUGGCACUCAGGGAGGUGGGGUUAUGCCAGACGGCACCAGCCGCUUCACCGACGAGAGCGGCAAGGAGAUCAAGCAUUUCAUGGGCUGCUCCACCUUCUCUGAAUACACCGUGGUGGCCGACAUCUCCUGUGCCAAGGUGUCGGAGACUGCCCCGCUGGAUGUUUGCUCGCUGUUGGGCUGUGGCGUCUCGACGGGCCUAGGUGCAGUAUGGAACACCCUGGACGUGGAGGGUGGCUCCAGCGUGGCCGUCUUUGGUCUCGGGGCUGUGGGCUUGGCAGUUAUUCAAGGUUCCCACAUGAGGGGCGCAUCCCGCAUUUUCGCCAUCGACACGAAUCCAAAGAAGUUCGAAAUUGCCAAGGAUCUUGGGGCCACGGACUGUGUCAAUCCCAAGGAUUACGACAAACCUAUCCAGCAGGUCUUGGUCGGGAUGACGAAGUGGGGAAUCGACUACACAUUUGACUGUACCGGCAACACCGAGGUGAUGCGUGCAGCGCUCGAGAGCGCACACCGUGGCUGGGGCGAGUCCUGUAUCAUUGGCGUGGCGGCCGCUGGGAAGGAGAUCAGCACUCGGCCUUUCCAGCUCGUCACGGGUCGGAAGUGGACUGGCACGGCCUUCGGCGGCUUCAAGGGGCGAUCCGAGGUGCCGCCUUUGAUCGAUGCCUACGAGGCUGGGAAGCUGAAGCUGGACCACUACAUCACACACCGCUUCGAGGGUGUAGAAGGCAACCUGAAGGCGAUCGAUGCACUGCACUCUGGCGAAUGCCUCCGCGCAGUGGUCACCUACUGA